GACAUUAUGGACCCCCGGGGGCCAGGCCCCCAGCCUUUCCAGCGGCCUGAGAAAUCUGGUCGUGUCCGUCGUCGGAAGACAAGGCGGGAGCGUAAUGAGGCCCUGAUGGGCAGCCGCCGGCCAUUGACCCAUCAGGAUCCUCCUGUGACCAGUCAGGAUCCACCUGUGGCCCCUACUGUUCCCAAGGUCGUGGUCAUAACGCAGGGCCGGCUGAGCCGGGAGCACUGGGGUCUCUUUAAUCAUGAGGUGAAAUCUCUGGAUGUGGCACGGCUGCUUAGCAGUGGGUCCCUGGAGCCCGGCACCCCUUCAGUCCCCACCAAACGCUUCUCAAGCCCAAGCUGGGCCCAAGAACCAGCUCCCCAGUCAAGGGGCAAGGAGAACCAGGUGCCUAGAGGCUCAGGCCCAGGCCCACCCAGUCCCCCAGAGCUCCCUGGCUUGGGGCAGCUGCUGGAGGAGCUGCAGUGUCAGUUGAUUCUGCCACAGGCCUUCCCCAGGAGGAACCUAGUGCAGGAGGCCAGGGAUGCCAUCGUGGGCACUUUACAGGCCUGCCAUGGCUGCGUGCCUGACCUUACCCUGGUGCUCCGUGACUGCCAGCCACCCUUACCAGGGACCAAGCCUGGGGGCCCUGAAAGACGAAGGAUGACACCCUCCUGGAUCAACAGCCCGGAGCAGGCCCCAGGGGAGAGGAGGCAGAGGAGGCAACAGAGGACAAAGGAGCUCACUUUCUCCAUGCCUCACACCUCCAGCACUCCCCUGGUGCACAGGGUGAGCCUGGCGCCACCAAAAGGUCCCUGGCCACCACCUUUGCCCUUGUUGCCUUCGCCAUCUGGGGCAGCCUGGGGCCCCCCAACAGCCUUUGACCUACUGAAAAGCAUCUGGCUGGUUGCCACACCUCCCCCUCCCCGGCCCUGGGGGGUCGGCCCACAACAACCCCUGCCUCAGCCACCAUCACCCUUGUUGCCCCGAACCUCUGCCCUGGAUUGGAGCCCCAGCCCUCCUGCCCCACUGCCCAGCCUCUCCUGGGUGGUGGCCCAGAGCAGCCCAGAGGCCUGGUCCUUUCCACCUAUGAGACUGUACUGAGGGGACUGAGGCUGGGCUAGGGGCAGGAAACCCGCACUCCU